UACAUGGCUCAAUUUGUCCAGGUCCUGGCUGAAAUAGGUGACUUUGGUCGCUUCCAGAUACAGCUAUUGAUCCUGCUGUGUGUUCUCAACUUCCUGUCUCCCUUCUACUUUUUUGCCCAUGUCUUCAUGGUCCUAGAUGAGCCCCACCACUGUGCAGUGGCCUGGGUGAAGAACCACACUUUCAACCUGAGUGCUGCUGAACAGCUGGCACUGAGCGUGCCCCUGGACACUGCAGGCCACCCAGAGCCCUGCCUCAUGUUCCGGCCUCCCCCCGCCAAUGCCAGCCUGCAGGACAUCCUCAGCCACCGCUUCAAUGAGACACAGCCUUGUGAUAUGGGCUGGGAAUAUCCUGAGAACAGGCUCCCAUCCCUAAAGAAUGAGUUCAACCUGGUUUGUGAUCGGAAGCACCUGAAGGACACCACACAGUCAGUGUUCAUGGCUGGGCUCCUUGUUGGCACCCUCAUGUUUGGGCCCCUCUGCGACCGGAUUGGGCGCAAGGCCACAAUCCUGGUGCAGCUGCUUCUCUUCACCCUCAUCGGCCUGGCCACAGCCUUUGUGCCCAGCUUUGAGCUCUACAUGGUCCUGCGCUUUGCUGUGGCUACUGCCGUCGCUGGACUUAGCUUCAGCAAUGUCACCCUAUUGACAGAAUGGGUGGGGCCCUCAUGGAGGACACAGGCUGUGGUCCUGGCCCAGUGCAACUUCUCCCUCGGGCAGAUGGUGCUUGCGGGACUCGCCUACGGUUUCCGCAUGAGGCUCCUUCAGAUCACCGGCACUGCGCCUGGCUUACUGCUCUUCUUCUACUUCUGGGCUCUGCCAGAAUCUGCACGUUGGCUCCUGACCCAUGGGAGGAUGGACGAGGCGAUACAACUGAUCCAGAAGGCGGCCUCGGUCAAUAGGCGGAAACUCUCCCCGGAGCUCAUGAACCAGCUGGUCCCAGAGAAGACAAGCCCCUCAGGGAAUGCCCUGGAUCUGUUCAGACACCCCCAGCUCCGGAAGGUGACCCUGAUUAUCUUCUGUGUCUGGUUUGUGGACAGUCUGGGGUACUACGGCCUGAGCCUCCAAGUGGGGGACUUCGGCCUGGACGUCUAUCUGACGCAGCUCAUCUUUGGAGCCGUCGAGGUGCCUGCCCGCUGUUCCAGCAUCUUCAUGAUGCAGAGGUUUGGCCGCAAGUGGAGCCAGUUGGGGACCUUGGUCUUGGGUGGCCUUAUGUGUAUCAUCAUCAUCUUCAUCCCAGCACAUCUGCCUGUGGUGGUCACCAUGCUGGCUGUGGUGGGGAAGAUGGCCACAGCUGCCGCCUUUACCAUCUCCUAUGUGUACUCUGCCGAGCUUUUCCCCACCAUCCUGCGGCAGACAGGCAUGGGGCUGGUGGGCAUCUUCUCACGGAUUGGGGGCAUCCUCACACCACUUGUGAUCCUGCUGGGAGAGUACCACGCUGCCCUCCCCAUGCUCAUCUACGGCAGCCUCCCCAUCGUGGCCGGCCUGCUCUGCACCCUGCUGCCAGAGACGCGUGGCCAGGGCCUGAAAGACACCCUCCAGGACCUGGAUCUGGGGCCUCACCCGCGGUCCCCCAAAUCAGUGCCCUCAGAGAAGGAAACAGAGGCCAAGGGAAGAACUUCCAGCCCGGGAGUGGCCUUUGUGAGCAGCACAUACUUCUGAUUGAGGUCUCUAAGAGCUGGACCAUCGGUAGCAGGGAGCUGCCUAAACACCUCCUUGGAUAUGGCCAGGACCCACAGGGACACAGGGCAAGACCAGCCUUGCUUAUGGAGGCAGGACACCACAACCUGGGCCACGGCUGUCACCUCCUGCCGAGUCCAAUCCCAGACUGGGAACCAUCAUCUGGGACAGGACCUCCUGGCCUCCUUCACCUUUCUCAUCUCCAGAGCCCCGGCCCCAAUACUCUGUCUGGGUUAGGAUCUUGGGUAUGUCUUGGGAUUAACUUGUCCUCUAACAAUCUUCAUGGGGUAUGGCUCUCUUAAUCUCCUCAAUCUGGAGUCCCCUGCCCUCAAAACACAGUGAUGUUCAGAACAGAAUACAAGGUAAGCCCUUUCCAAUUUGUGGGAACAGGAGGGGAGAGGAAACAAAUGUGAAGUUGUGGACUCUACCCAGGCAGGUGGAUGAAAAUCCUGUGGAUAAAGGGAAGGUUAUGAUUCCUUCUAGCGGAUGGACCAGAUUCCUCUGGCUAAGGUAUGGCCCCAUAGGUCUUGGGUCAUACAGAGAGAAGAUUCAGUUCAGCCUAAAUCAAAACUUCCACCUUGCAUUCACUUCAAAGAUCACCCAACCCCUGCCCUACACUCAGCUCAUGCCUAACCUAUGUGUGGCUCAGGGACCAGCUUGGGGAUGGAGAGGAGGUUUGCUCUGCUCCCUGCCUCACCCCGCCUCCUCCUGCUCAUGCUCAGCUGCUUCUGGACCUUCCAGGGCCCAUGCAGGGUGAGGGAAAGGGUAGAGGUCUUUUCACCGAGCUGCUGCUGGUUGCAGUUCUUUCCAGUGCACAUUGGCUAAUGCCAGUUGGUGUGUUUUGUCAGGCUCCUGAAACCUGCCUUUUCCACAGGCCAUCUUCUCGGGCUUCUCAGAGAUCCUCUCAGGCCUUGGUAUUGUUCCUUAGAAUGAGCAAUAUGCUCCCAAUGCACUCCCAGCUCCUCUUGGGACCCUUCUCCAGCCCCGCCCAGCAUUGCUCCCACAACCUCUCCUACAGCUGGCAGCCCCUGACCCAGCCAAGAUGGCCUUCUUGGCUGGGCAUGGUGGUUCAUGCCUGUAAUCCCAGCACUUUGGGAGGCUGAGGCAGGCAGAUUACCUGAGGUCAGGAAUUUGAGACCAGCCUGGCUGGCAUGGCAAAACCCUGUCUCUACUGAAAAUACAAAAAUUAGCCCUAUAUGGUGGUGCAUGCCUGUAAUCCCAGCUGCUUGGGAGGCUGAGGCAGGAGAAUCACUUGAACCUGGGAGGCGGAGUUUGCAGUGAGCCAAGAUCGCACCACUGCACUCCAACCUGGGCAACAGAAAGAGACUCCGUCUCAAAAAAAAAAAAAAAAAAUAGAUGGCCUUCUUAGAUGGGCGCCCAUAAAGAGACCUCAAGCCAGACUGCCUUCCUCAGCACCUCCUUAGCCUGCAAGAACACCAUAUAUCAUGUGUCACCAAAUGGUAGAAAAAGAGCUUGCCUGGCCACUGCCCCCGCCUUGCCCCAGCUAACAUCCCACUAGGGAGAAGGUUCCAGUCUCUCUUCUCACAGGCACCCCAGCUUGCUCACCUUCUCCUGCAUGGCUGGUUCGCAGUUGGGCGUAGAUGCUGGACCAGUUUCCUGUAAACCCAGCAUGGAAGUGUCCAGCACCUGUCUUCCAAACACAUGGAUAUUCCUCACUCAUGAUUCUCAGCUUUGAAGUGCUGGACAAAAGCUCUAUUUAGCUUCCUACUGUGUGCCCAUUCAUGGCGUCCUCUUGGGGAAUACUAGCAAGUCUUUCUGGACACAAUGUGUCUCCCAGGCUGAAACUGCCAAGGGGUGGGGAAAACCAGAUAGAAGUGGGGAAAGGGCCAUUUCCCAGCUAAAGGCAGUUUCCUCCUCUACGAUAUGGACACUUGCUCCCUUUAAGACAGAAUGAUUGUCAUUCCCAGGAAGAGACCUGAACGGCCAAGCCUGGCUAAUUUUUGUAUUUUUGGUAGAGAUGGGGUUUUGCCAGGUUGGCCAGGCUGGUCUCGAACUCCUGAACUCGUGAUCCGCCCACUUCGGCCUCCCAAAGUAUUGGGAUUACAGGCAUGAGCCACUGUGCCUGGCCCCUGGAGACUUUUUCUUUCCUUUUUGGGGGGAUUAUGGUUGGUUGGGGAGAAAGAUUUUUUUUUUCUGUGUGUAUUUAAAAGUGUCCUGUGGUUUGCUCUGAUGAAUGGGUAAGUGUCCUUUAGCAGUCACUGAUGGGAGGUUGGCUGCUGAGGCCUCUGGGACACUGAAGGAGAAGAUAUGCAGCUUCACUGGACCCUGGUUGUGUACCUCCUUGAUUUUGCUCCUCAAAGGUUACGGCAAUGGUGACUAUCAGUCCUAAACAUUUAGUCCAGGUGUGUGAAAGUGAAACUGUGCCCCAAACAGUUAAAGACACCAAUGACUAACAGAAAUUCUUGAGUUUGCAGGAUGGCAGGUAAGAAAAGAAACAACUUGCUGAGAUGCUGAAAGUCCCUCCACUUGUAAGACAACAAAACUGGCUAAAAUAGGUUGGAACCAAUGUGGCCAACUAGAGUCUGUGCAGAACCUGCUUGCUGACAUCACAGCCUGAAUUUCCACUGUGUGUUUCAUACUCACUGCCCCCGUACCUGCCCAUGUGAUCUAUGAGGUGUCAUGAAGAGAACCGCACAUGCUGGAGGACUUUCCAGACCUCCUCUUUCCUUCCACUAAUCACCUGCUAAUCUCAGAAUCCUGACACCUUUUCUAAUAAAAACACUGCCUUAGCACCAGCCCAGGGAGACAGAUUCAAGCUGGACUCUUGUCUCCGUGUCGGCCGGCCUAUGAUUAAAAGCUUUUCUUUUCUCAAAAACCUGGUGUCAUAAUAUUGGCUUCUAGCACAUUGAACAGCAAGCCCCUUUUUGCCUAGUAACAAUUUGACCCUCAUAUUUACUAGUUUUCUCAACCUGUAACCAAGGGAAACAAAAAUGACUUCCUAAAUUUUUAACAAAGGCAAUCAACAUUUGUAGCUGGUAUGAAUAUUUGUUCUGUAAACUCAUAUCUGCAGGCAACACAAUGUU